AUGGCAAACAGGUUGCGGUGGGUUGCCUCAGCUGUCAUUGGCGUAGUUACCUUGCUUAGCCCUCAGCGCGCUGAGACGGGCUGGCACGAACGUCUUAGCCGGGAUGUUGAUCAUGGUGAGCUACGGGCUGGCUUACCAACGGUGGCGUCGUUCCCUAUUUAUCAUCACGGUUCUCCUCCUGUGAAGCUGGACGACACCAUCACAUACCCAGGGUCGAACUGGUUUGAACAGCAGGAGGCUCUAUCUUCUUUCCAAAACAGUUUGGAACCUCCGCAGUCAGGACCUCCUGGAGGUUCGCUAAUAUCUCUGGCUAAACUUUUGCAGAGUUCGAGCUCUCAGUUGCGCUCAGCGCUGCUGCGUCAAUUCUGUCACUCCGUGGCACGUCUCAGGACGCGCUUUGUGGGGCUUAACAGCAGUAUGCAGAAGACCGAAAAUAUCUUGAACAAUAAGAGGAAUUCUGGGUCAGAUGAGACGGAGUCGCAAGCCGCUACCGAGAGGCACAUUUCAGCAUUGGCUUCCAAGCUCACUGGCGUUUUGGGGGCUGCUGAGGGAUCUGGUGACUCUGGAAAGGCAUUGACAAAGUUUCUAUUAUUGCCUUUCGUUAGGCUGGUUCAUGAUGCAGAGGGAUUAAUGUUCAACAUCGCAAUGGAAGGCAAGGUGGGGCUGAUGAUCACUGCGCUUAACCAGCUCGCUCCGCCCAUUGUGCGAGGGCUGUCUUAUCUGGAAGCUCCUCAGAGCCAAGGAGCCGCAGGAGUUCUAGAGCCAGCCCGUGAAAACUGCUUGAAAAGGGCUAAGGAAUUAGACAAAGCUUUGCUUGCGGCACAGUUUGAUCCAAAUGGAGUAUUGCGUGCAUACCCGAGAGACUUCAACAAGUAUGAACUUCAGAGAGAACAGCAAUUAAUCUCUCUAGAAGCAGGUCCUUCUCAGCAGCAGUACAUCCCCCCUGUCUUUGAGACAGGGGGGAUGCCUGCUAGCACAGAGAAGGGCAAACUUGGUAGACGUGUGAAGAUCAUCUCCAUCGUGCUUGCGUGCUUGCUAUUCUUCACCGUGUUCAUUGCAACAGCACAACCUCCACAUCCAAUGCCGAUUGGGAGGAGCUACUCUCGCCAAAAUGCAGGGCCUCACGUCAGCGACGGCGAAGAGCAAGCGCAGCAUAAUAGAUAUGGACCAACAGCCUCUCAUGAGCAUAUAAAUUUCUGCGGCCCUUCGCCACCAAACGCCUUUGAAGUCGGCAAGCGGCCGGUCUCGUAUGUUUGCAGUUUGGCGGGUGCUUACCUUCUUGGAACCAUUAGUAGUGGUCGAUUAUCUUAG